AUAAAGUUUGAAUCCCGGAAACUACUCCUCGCUCCUUCAAUAAUCCCCAAUCUUGUCUCUGUCCCCGUCUCUCUCCCCUUCUUGCUACCUACUCUCCCUCCAUUUAUUUUUAGUGUUCGCUGAAAACAAAUCAAAUUCUAGGGUUUCAUUCUCGAUCAACAACAGCAAUUAUUUGAUAUAAGAAAAAAUUGAAGAAAUGAAAUGAAUGAUUCGUGUCUUUUGUAGCGACACGUGUCCAUCUGCUGCUGCUUGAUUGGUCUCAGCCAUGCCUUCUCUUCAACUCUUGCAAUUAACCGAGCAUGGUCGAGGCAUUUUGGCCUCUAGAAGGAAAUCUCUACUUUUCGCAGCUGGUAUCUUAGCUGCUGGUGGGACUGCUGUGUAUGUGCAGUCACGGAUUAGGUCUAAGAAAUCUGAUUCUUUUCUUUAUUACAAUGGGAUCAAAGAUGAUAAAAAGAUAUCAGAUAAGCUGGUUACUAAUGGCAAGAAAACUGUACAAAAGAAAGGAGGUUUAAAGGCACUGCAAAUUCUAGCCUCAGUUCUUCUGUCCCAUAUGGGUAAAACAGGUGCCAAGGACCUUUUGGCUAUGAUUGCCAUAGCAGUCUUGAAAACUACUUUGAGCAACAGAUUAGCGAAAGUGCAGGGCUUUUUAUUCCGUGCUGCUUUUCUCCAACGUGUACCGUUAUUUUUCCGGCUGAUAUCUGAAAAUAUCUUACUUUGUUUCCUUCUAUCCACCAUUAAUUCUACUUCGAAGUAUGUAACUGGGACCUUAAGUCUCUGUUUCCGAAAAAUACUGACGAAAGUUAUCCAUGCACAUUAUUUUGAGAACAUGGCAUACUAUAAAAUAUCACAUGUUGACGGUCGGAUUACUAACCCUGAACAACGAAUUGCAAGUGAUGUACCGAGGUUCUGUUCAGAGUUGAGUGAACUUGUCCUUGAUGAUUUGACUGCAGUUACUGAUGGUCUACUUUAUACUUGGCGCCUUUGUUCAUAUGCCAGCCCUAAGUAUUUGUUUUGGAUGGUGGCCUAUGUAUUGGGAGCAGGAACCUUGAUUAGAAACUUCUCUCCUGCUUUUGGGAAGCUAAUGUCUAAAGAACAGCAGUUAGAAGGUGAAUAUAGGCAGCUACAUUCCCGUUUGAGGACCCAUGCUGAAAGCAUAGCAUUUUAUGGUGGAGAAAAUAGAGAAGAAUUUCAUAUUCAGCAGAAGUUUAAGACCCUGAUUGGACACAUGAGAACUGUCUUACAUGACCAUUGGUGGUUUGGAAUGAUUCAGGACUUUCUAUUGAAGUAUUUUGGUGCUACUGUAGCUGUUAUUUUGAUUAUUGAGCCUUUUUUUGCUGGCCAACUUAGACCUGAUGCUUCAACUUUGGGAAGGGCAGAAAUGUUGAGCAAUUUAAGAUACCAUACCAGCGUGAUAAUAUCACUAUUUCAGUCCCUGGGAACUCUUUCUAUAAGUUCAAGACGACUGAAUCGUCUCAGUGGUUAUGCUGACCGCAUUCAUGAAUUAAUAGCCGUAUCGAGAGAGCUGAGCAAUGGUGAUAAAUUAUCACUGCAAAGAAGUGGAAGUAGGAACUACUUCAGUGAAGCUAAUUAUGUUGAGUUUUUUGGUGUCAAGGUUGUCACCCCAAGUGGUAAUGUUUUGGUUCAAGACCUGACUCUUAAAGUUGAUUCAGGAUCUAAUCUAUUGAUUACAGGUCCAAAUGGUAGUGGGAAGAGCUCACUUUUCCGAGUUCUAGGUGGCCUGUGGCCAUUGGUUUCUGGCCAUAUUGUGAAACCAGGAGUUGGUUCUGAUCUUAACAAGGAGAUCUUCUAUGUUCCACAAAGACCAUACACUGCUGUAGGCACACUCCGUGAUCAAUUAAUUUAUCCUCUUACUGCAGACCAAGAGAUCGAACCACUGACCCAUAGCGGAAUGGUGGAGCUGUUAAAAAAUGUUGACCUUGAGUAUCUAUUAGACCGUUAUCCACCCGAGAAGGAGGUUAAUUGGGGUGAGGAACUGUCACUGGGGGAGCAACAAAGGUUAGGGAUGGCCAGGCUGUUCUACCAUAAGCCAAAAUUUGCAAUUCUUGAUGAGUGCACUAGUGCUGUGACUACUGAUAUGGAGGAACGUUUUUGUGCUCAAGUACAAGCUAUGGGAACAUCUUGCAUAACCAUAUCUCAUCGUCCAGCUCUAGUUGCAUUUCAUGAUGUGGUUUUGUCCUUGGAUGGAGAAGGAGGCUGGCUUGUUAAUUACAAAGGGAAGGAUUCUCCAGCCCUGACUGAAGCUGGGGGUGAUCUCACAGGGGAUUUUGAGACAGAACGCAAAAAUGAUGCCAUGAUAGUUCAAAAAGCAUUUUCCACAAGUGAUAAGGCCACACACUCGUAUAUUUCAGAAGUGAUAGCAGCAUCACCCAACAUAGACCAUAAUGUUCUAUUGCCCAUUGUUCCACCACUUCAAAGGGCUCCAAGGGCAUUGCCACUGAGAGUAGCUGCCAUGUUUAAAAUAUUGGUACCAACUAUACUUGACAAACAAGGGGCACACUUAUUAGCAGUUGCUUUCCUUGUUAUCUCAAGAACAUUUGUCUCAGAUCGGAUUGCCUCAUUGAAUGGUACAACUGUAAAGUUUGUUUUGGAGCAGGACAAAGCAUCUUUUGUUCGAUUAAUAGGUGUUAGUGUUCUUCAAAGUGCUGCGUCGUCUUUUAUUGCACCUUCUUUGAGACACUUGACAACUCGGCUGGCCCUUGGAUGGAGGAUUCGUUUGACUCAACAUCUACUAAAGAACUAUUUGAGAAACAAUACAUUUUACAAGGUUUUCCACAUGUCUAGCAAAAAUAUUGAUGCAGAUCAGAGAAUAACACAUGAUCUGGAAAAGUUAACCACGGACUUGUCUGGACUGGUAACUGGAAUGGUGAAGCCAUUAGUAGAUAUCCUGUGGUUCACCUGGAGAAUGAAGCUCUUAACAGGUCAGAGGGGAGUUGCCAUAUUGUAUACUUAUAUGUUGCUUGGUUUGGGUUUUCUGAGGGCUGUUACUCCUGAUUUUGGUGAUCUUGCUAGUGAAGAGCAACAACUUGAAGGAACCUUUAGGUUCAUGCAUGAGAGACUGCGCACACAUGCUGAAUCUGUUGCUUUCUUUGGAGGUGGAAAACGAGAAAAAGCUAUGAUUGAGUCAAGAUUCAGGGAACUUCUUGACCAUUCCAUGUUGCUUUUGAAAAAGAAAUGGUCAUAUGGCAUACUCGAUGAUUUUGUGACAAAGCAACUCCCACAUAAUGUAACUUGGGGUUUGAGCUUGUUGUAUGCCAUGGAACACAAGGGAGAUCGAGCCAUGACCUCAACUCAAGGUGAACUGGCACAUGCAUUGCGGUUCUUAGCAUCUGUUGUCUCUCAAAGCUUUUUAGCCUUUGGAGACAUCCUUGAAUUGCACAAGAAGUUUGCUGAGCUUUCUGGCAGUAUAAAUAGAAUUUUUGAGCUUGAAGAGCUUCUGGAUGCUGCUCAGUCUGGGGAUUCUUUGAAUAGUAAACUAUCUCCAUCUAAGAACAAUGAACUUUACUCAAAAGAUGCCAUUUCCUUUAUGGAGGUCGAUAUCAUUACUCCAGCACAGAAAUUGUUGGCGAGGCAGUUGACAUUUGACAUAGAACAAAGAAAAAGCCUGCUUCUAACUGGUCCAAAUGGGAGUGGGAAAAGUUCUGUUUUUAGAGUCCUCAGAGGUCUUUGGCCCAUUGCUAGUGGAAGGAUUGCUAAACCAUCGCAACAUAUUAGUAAAGAGACUGGAUCAGGUUGUGCUGUCUUCUAUGUUCCUCAACGACCAUAUACAUGCUUGGGAACCUUGAGAGAUCAAAUUAUCUAUCCUCUCUCUCGUGAUGAAGCAGAAGUCAUGACACUAGAGUUGUAUGAAAAAGGUAAGCUAUCCACCGAAAUAACAAACAUGCUGGACUCGUGUUUGAAAAAUAUUCUGGAGAAUGUUCGGCUAAAUUAUCUCUUGGAGAGAGAAGGCGGUUGGGAUGCAAAUAUGAAUUGGGAAGACACUCUCUCUCUUGGAGAACAGCAGAGAUUAGGCAUGGCCCGCCUAUUCUUUCACAAGCCUAAAUUUGCCAUCCUUGAUGAGUGCACCAAUGCAACAAGUGUUGAUGUUGAGGAGCAACUUUAUAGGCUUGCUAGUGACAUGGGCAUCACAUUUAUUACCUCCUCUCAGCGUCCUGCUCUCAUACCAUUCCACUCCCUGGAAUUGCGGCUUAUUGAUGGCGAGGGCCACUGGGAGCUUCGUGCAAUUAAGCAAUGAGUUGACAAUAGCCUCUGCCAUUGUGUAACUGGAGCACGUGAGAUGGGCUCUCAGACCUCAUAGACGGUGUAGAGGAACGAAGUCAUUUGGGCAGUCAUCGGAGUUCAUUGUUUUCCGUGUAUCUCAAAUCGUGGUCAUUUAAACUCAAAAUUAUGAAUCCGGCAAAGAGGAGACGCCAUGUUUUUAUUUUGCCUCGAGGAUUUGAUAAUCUUGAUCAUAUACGGCAAGUGUAGUUAUUCUGCUCAAAGCGUCAACAGGGCCCACAAAGAGAAGUCAAUCACACAAGGUUAUUGGAGAAACUGUUAGAAAUCAAGUCUGAAAUCGUAUGGUAUAUAGAAAUCUCCAUGUACAGACCCUUUUUUUUUUGUUUAUCAAGUUAAUUUCUUGGGCUAUUAAUUGAAAAAUCGCUACGCAUUUAUAUUGUAAGAAUUGAAUGCCUAAGUUAUUGAAGUUGGCCCAUGAAUAAAGUCGCAGGAAAGAAUUUACCCGUC